UGAUUAACAGAUGACUAUUAUUGAUCUACUGUCUAAAAUAGGAUCAUACUAAUCCCUAUGCUUCAAAUGUGUUAAAGAUGGGAUCUAAUAUGCAAGUGGCUGCCAAAAUCUUCUUUACUGCUUUUUGGUUAUCUUUUUUAACCUUGGCCAAAAAUCAAGAAUGUUCUAAAGAAAAAAUUGAUUAUGAGAAUAUCCAGAAAAGUGAUCUCCUUGAAAGCUAUCCAAAUGGACAGAACGUGAAAGUGAAAUGUACUACUGGCUACGUCGGAUUAUUGAGGAUUGAAUGUAAAAAUGGCAAAUGGAUUAAAAUUGCUGGGAGAGACUGUAAAAAAAGAGCAUGUGGUCACCCAGGAGACACACCAAAUGGAUUCUUUCAACUUACAAAAGAGACAGAGUUUGUAUUUGGAGCUACAGUGGAAUAUUCAUGUAGGACAGGUUAUACAAUGGCCAGCAGAAUUAAUUAUCGUAACUGUCGUAGCAAUGGGUGGGAUAACGAUGUACCUGUCUGUGAAGUGUUGAGAUGCCCUAUACUUAGUGAUUUUGGAGAUGUGAUUGCAUCAGGCAACACUGAAGAGGCAAGCUAUAAUGAUGUUAUCUACUUUGAGUGUGCUUUAAACAAGAUGUUAGAUGGACCGGAAAACAUACACUGCACAGAAAAUGGAACAUGGAGUAACACUAUACCGAAGUGUAAAGAAAUAGAAUGCCUUUCACCUGAAAUACCACAUGGAUAUACUAACCCAAAUAUAGUGUACAAAGAAAAUGAUAUACUACAUUACAGCUGUAAGGAAGGGUACAAAACCAAUAAUCCCUCUAAAUGCACAAGACAUGGCUGGACAGUACAACCAGGAUGUAAAGAAAUCACCUGUGAAUAUCCCUAUGAUAAACAACUGUCAUUUCCUGAGCCCUUCAACAGGGGGGUUUAUAAAUUAAACCAAAUUUUAGAAUAUGACUGCAAAGAAGGUUAUCAUAAAAAAGCUGAUAAUGCUAAAUGUACAGAAAAUGGCUGGGAUCCAAAAACACUGUGUAUCGAGACUUCUUGCAGGAAGCCAGAAGUUCCACAUGGAACUUCUGGAGCAACGUGGUUCAACACAAAUUAUUUUUUUAAAUAUAAUCAAAUAUUAACGAUCAAAUGCAAUAGUGGCUAUGAACCUGAAAGUUUUGUUGUCACGUGUGGAAAAAAUGGAUUAUGGGCCGGAAUGUUAAACUGCAACUUAAAAAAAAGAGAUUGUGAAGAAACCUCUGUGCAAAAUGGGUCUAAACAAGAAUUUGACACAGGACGAAAAUAUUCUUACUCAUGUGACAAAAACUAUAAAGCAUUUGAUGAGAAAUGGUGGGAUGUGGUAAGCUGCACUGGAAGCCAAUGGAGUUAUGCACCACUGUGUAUACCUAAUGAUCACUGUGGUCAAAUACCUAAUGGUCCUGCAAAGCACAAUCAAGCAAAGAAAGGAUAUGAGAAUGGGGCAACUGAGAUGGUUGGAUGCGACUCACAGCUAUGCUUUUAUAAAUGUGUCAGGGGAAAGUGGGAGAAACAAAAUUAUGAAUCUACCAAAUGUGGUUCUCCUCCUCCUGUUGAAAAUGCAGUUAUUGUUUCUUACAAUCAGGACAAUGUGAAAUAUGCAUGUCGAAAAAAUUACUCAAUAAAGGGGGAUGGUUUUUUAUACUGUACGAACUCAAAGUGGAAAAAUCCACCAACAUGUGAAUCAGAAAAAGGAAAUUGUACACAAUUCUCUGUGAAAAAUGGGUCCGUAUUUGAACUGGACAAAGGAUUUUCUUACUCAUGUGUCUCGGACUAUAAAGCAUUUGAUGAGAAAUGGUGGGAUGUGGUAACCUGCACUGGAAGCCAAUGGAGUUAUACACCACUGUGUAUACCUAAUGAUCACUGUGGUCAAAUACCUAAUGGUCAUGCAAAGCAAAAUCAAGCAAAGAAAGGAUAUGAGAAUGGGACAACUGAGAUGGUUGGAUGCGACUCACAGCUAUGCUUUUAUAAAUGUGUCAGGGGAAAGUGGGAGAAGCAAAACUAUGAAUCUACCAAAUGUGGUUCUCCUCCUCCUGUUGAAAAUGCAGUUAUUACUUCUUAUAAUCAGGAAACAGUGAAAUAUGCAUGUCGAGAAAAUUACGAAAUAAAGGGGGAUAAUUUAAUAUCCUGCAUAAACUCAAAGUGGAAAAAAACACCAACAUGUGAAUCACCGUCACCCUUAAAUACUGAUAAGGAAGCAAGACCUUUUAUGGAACAAAUUGAAGAAUCUUCUUUUCCUGAAAAUGUCCCAUCUGAACAAACCAAACAACAGUUAAAUGGUAAAAAUACUUCUACCACGUUCAUUAUGGAUAACUCCUAAAGGAUUUAUAUUCUUUUUCAUUUUAAUUCUACUAACCUAAAUCCAAUGAGGAAGACUGAACACUAUUUACUCUUAUAGUACUUUCUUGCUACUCAGGCAAGUGGUAACCACAGUGACCCGAGAGUUUGAGCUACACUGACAUUGCACAAAAUAAUAAUAAUACACAAAUGUAUAUAUACAUAAAUACAAAAUCCCAUAAAUAAUUGGAAAUUGACAAAGUAUUUUGGUGGUUGAACUGUUCAUCACAGCACAUAGAACAUAAGUAAUAAAUAUAAAUUCUUGCUGCUUUAAUUUGAAGGUGCUAAUUUAUUUUGAGGGACAAUAACAGGUACUAAAAGUACUUGGACUGUUGGAUAUUCAUAGUUAUAUGAAUAUACAGUUAUAUUAAUAAUAUAUUAUAUAAUAUAAUAUAAUGUAAUAUAAUAUAAUGGGGGCACGGUGGCUUAGUGGUUAGAACGUUCGCCUCACACCUCCAGGGUCGAGGUUCGAUUCCCGCCUCCGCCUUUUGUGUGUGGAAUUUGCAUGUUCUCCCCGUGCCUCGGGGGUUUCCUCCGGGUACUCCGGUUUCCUCCCCCGGUCCAAAGACAUGCAUGGUAGGUUGACUGGCAUCUCUGGAAAAUUGUCCCUAGUGUGUGAUUGCGUGAGUGAAUGAGAGAGUGUGUGUGCGCCCUGCGAUGGGUUGGCACUCCGUCCAGGGUGUAUCCUGCCUUGAUGCCCGAUGACGCCUGAGAUAGGCACAGGCUCCCCGUGACCCAAGGUAGUUCGGAUAAUCGGUAGAAAAUGAAUGAAUGAAUGAAUAUAAUAUAAUCAAAUUGAGCAUGCAUUUCGCUUUCUAAAGACAAAGCUGUAGGCUUUGAACAAGCAGGAACCAAAUUAAAGGCAACACCAGUGUCAUCUCUGUGUAUUCCAGACUUUAGGCAGUAAUUGACUACAAAGGAUUUGCCAAGUAUUUUUAGGAAGUGUGGGGAAGGAGGUGUAUCUGUGUAAAGGUAUCUGUGUAAAGAAGGCUUUCACUCUGAGGUGAAAGCUUUAUGUUCCAAAGGAGAGUGGAUUUACCCACAAUGUAUACUGUAGGUCAGUACCAAUUAAAAAAAUACCAAUUCUUAGUAUUAUCCAUAAAACAGCACCAGGGUUCCUUACUCCUUACUGCCAUUCUACUCUAAAUCAAACUAAAUAAAAAAAGUUACUCAAAAAGUUUAAGUUUCACAAUCAAAUAGUUUAACACCAAUGAUACUAGUGUUAAACUCGCCAACUUAUUUAAACAAACAAAAAUCAUCAGGUAACUCAUAACCUCAUUUUAUCCAAAAAAAUUUAAAAUUAAAUAUUUUUUUAAACAAUUAACAUUUUUUUGUCAUAUUUUAAAAAAAAUUACACAAUGUACUGUGUUUUUUAUUCCACCUGAGAUUGUUUGUUAUUAAAAAAAAAAAGAAGUUUAUGAUAUUUGUAACUGUGACCAAUCUUAUUCUAGUAAGAAAAUCUAAUCUAGUUAGAUCUAAAGUAAAUGUAAUUUCUCAAAAUAAUCACUAAUCAGUCCAAUAAAUCAAAUCUUGGACUUCUCAGUACUUACACUAAUUAGGAUUCAGAUUAUUAGUUAAAUAGAUAAUAGUGGUAUUAUCGUUGUUAUUAUUCAAUACUAGCUACAUCUGUUGAAUAAAUAUCAGUCAGUCAUACUGUGUUUUCUUUAUAGGAGGUUAAUUUCCUGAUUUAAAUCUCAAUAACCAAAACAAGCAUAAGGUUAAUGUUCAGUUCAUUCCAUCUGUCAUAUUAAUAAAACAAGAAAUGUAUAUGACACAAAUAUUGAUUUGACAAAACAACAGUCUGAACAUCAACUCUGUUUGAUUUUAUUAAGGGACAGAGCUGCCCUGAAUCAACAAUCCUUGCCUGCAUACAAUGGACCAUCUAUAAUAUCCAGAUGUUCAUCAUGACCAUAUCAAAAACCAAUACUAUUAUGGCAGAAGUGCCCAUUACACCUGUUUUCAUGUAUUAAAAUUAAACCAGAUUAA